GAGCCCGAUUGCUCGGAACUUCUUCCUCGAAAGCAGAGAAUCAGUGAAGUGAAAAGAUGAAAGGGAGCGGCGUCACAUCCGCGAUCUUCCGCGUCACUACGAUGGGCUACUGAACAUGCAGUGGAGACAGAUGUACAUGAACAUACAGAACUCACGAAGAAGCUGAUCUUCGGCGAAGGAGGAGUCAUCUGCUGAAAGGAAGCUCUGUAGUGCGCAUAAUGGCGUGCCAAGAAAGUACAGCAACUGACGAGCAGCAGAGAGAUUCGAGGCGUAUCGAUGUUAUGUUUCUCUGCGACGAGUGGAAGUCUUCCAAGGGUGGACUGUCCACUUUCAACAGAGAAUUUGCUGUGAAUUUGGCAAAAACAACAAGCGACAGCAUCAAAGUUCACUGCUACGUCGCCCAAAGUGACGAACUGAGUAGAGCAGAUGCCAGAGAGCAUGGCGUGCAUUUGAUUACUGCUCGUAGUAUUCCUGGAUCGUCUGAUCCAUCAGAUUGGCUGAAAAUUCCACCGCCGGAGCUACCGAAUCCUGACAUUGUUGUGGGCCACGGAAGAAAGUUUGGUACCCCUGCCUAUUUUAUUGUCCAAACUACAAAGUGCAGGUGGGUGCAUUUUGUCCAUGUGUUUUGUGAAGAUCUCGGAAAGUUCAAAACAACCCAGAGUGCUGCAGUGGAUACAAUCGAAGAGAAUGAGAAGAAACAUAAAAGUGAAAUUGAGCUGUGCAAAGCAGCAGAUAUGGUUGUCGCAGUUGGAUCACGGCUACAAAAGAAGUACAGCAGAAGUCUUCCAYAUGUUAAGGUGGAGAUCAUCACUCCUGGGAUUUUGCAAAAGUUUUCCAACGAYUCAUCACUGCCGGUCAAAGAUAGAUCAGUGGUAAAGAAUUUCAAGGUCUUUAUGUUUGGUCGGGCAAGCUUUGAAGAUCUCACACUCAAAGGUUAUGACAUUGUUGCAAAUGCCAUAGGAUCCCUUGACAAGAUGUUUGAGCUGACAUUUGUUGGCUCAUCUCCUAAUGAACACAGAAAAAUAGAACAAUGGUUUCUUGACAACACAGACAUAAGCCGCAUCCAAUUAACAAUCCGUAGUUAUUGCAAUGAUCAAGCUGAACUUAAGAUGAUGUUUCAUGAGUCAGAUAUGAUUGCUCUGCCUUCACGCACCAAAGGGUUUGGAUUGGUUGCCCUGGAAGCUAUUUCUGCUGGUAUACCUGUUCUUGUUGCAAGUGAAUCUGGAAUAGCUGAAGCUUUACAUGAAGUAGAUGGAGGGCGAUCUUUCAUUGUUAAAUCAGAUGAUCCUGAAGUGUGGGCACGAAGGAUCCAACAGCUGUCCAGCCAAAGUCCAGAAGAGAGAGAAAACUGUGCCAAGCUGCUCAGACACAACUACAAUAAAACUUACCCUUGGAGCAGUGAAUGUGAGAGAUUCAAAAGGAUGAUUCAAGAUUUAGCCGAAAGCUCAAAUGAUUUGAAAUUAAGGAUUGAUGUGGAAACAAUGAAACCUGUUAAACACAACAUGCAGGAUAGAGCUCGUGUUUCAGCAGUAGAAUCAGAAGGAUCUCACAUUGGUGGGUACCAGAAGGUAUCUGUAGUACCUGUGUCAUCGGAACCAGCCCAGUCUUCAUGUACAGGUGCUGAAGCUCCCCAAGCACCCAUGAGACCCAUUCCUACAGAAGGAGAAGUCUUGCGUUUAAUUGCUGCUAACUAUCUGCAGGCUACACCACUAAGAGGUAAGCAGGACCAAGAAGACUUUUUGGCUUACAUGAAAGAAAUGCAGGUCAUUAUCAAAGGUGUUGGUGUAGGAAGUUUGCUGAUAACAGUGAAGUGCAAUUCACUCUUGAUCCUGGAGAGUCUGUGGGAAGAUUAUUCGUCGGGUCAUCUUAGUGAAGUGGUUCAAAGGUGUUUUGUUACAGAAGGGAUCUUAACAGAAUUGAGACUUGCAGAGUUGAAAUUGAAAACAACAAUCUCAGAAGAGGAGUAUAAAGUGUGCAAAGAAUAUUUUGAGAAAGAUUCAGCACAAGAUGAAUGUCCUGUACCUGUGGAAAAAUCAACUCAUUUUCUUGAUGAGAAGAUUUUAGCUGAAAGAGAUGAUGAAGAUGAUUCACUAAAAGAAACAGAUGACAAAGAUGAUUCAGUAUCAGAUAAUGAAGAUCAACGUGGAAAUGUCGCUGUACCUGUGGAACAACCAGUCCAUGUGCAUUUCAUUGAUGAAUUCAAGGAGAGGUUAGCUCAAAGGGAUGGAGAAGAUGAUUCAGGAACAGGAACAGUUGAGGAAAAACUGAAAACUGGAACUGAUGAAGGUCCUUCAGUAUCAGAUGAUAAAGGUCAACUGGGAAGUCUAGCUGUACCUGUGUCAAAACCAACCCUUUUCAUUACAGGAGAGAUUUUAACAGAAGCAGAUGAUUUUUCUGAUUCAGGUAUUUCAUCUGCUUCAUCGUCUCUCAGUCUUACAGACUCGGAUUGCUCUACCACAGAAGAUCCACGAAUUGGAAUUUUGAAAGGCAGGGUGCAUCAGAUAGCUAAAGCGGGAUUGGAGAUGUUUGAUGUCAGCUCACCUAAAGAACUGCAAGAUUAUCUCACCUACUUAACUCACAAGAUGGACAGUGCAGGGCUUCUAAGAACCAGAGGCCGUGUUUCAGACAAGCCACUUUCCACCUGGGAACAUGAUGCGUCAAAGGAAGGAGCCCGUAAGAGUACAGCUCCAGAGGAGCAGCCAUACACUGAAGAAGGAAAGACUCGACCAGAAGGUGGCACAACUGGAGAUGAGCAUACAGCCUCAAGCAUGGGCAGUGAACUCCAAGGAGAUGAAAAAUGGUCUAGAAGUGCUGCAAUGCAAAAGACUUCAAAGCCAGGUACAGUUGUCUUCUACUGAUAUAACACUAUACUGGGUAAUUGUAUGUACUACGUGAUGUUUCUUGAAAUCGUUGUUUAUGUUGUUUCUUUAAAAAUUUUUAUAUGACUGAGAAAAGUACUAAC